ACCAAUUCUUUAUCUGUCAAACGACAAAUAGAAACAAAAUUCGUUUCUUUGCUUUUAAAUAUAUUUUUUCAAUAGUAACUGUAUCGAUUCGCAUUCCUAUCGACUAAAACAAGCUUUAUAUACCUAUAUUGUAUCUAGUUGACUUCGAUACAAGCAAGAAAAGCCAUUGCAUUUUCACUAUGGUGAUUCAAAAGAAAGAGCUGCUUGUCUUACUAAAACCUUAUUAUUGGGUUAACAUAAUACUUACGUGUUCAUAUGUGUUUUGCAAAAAGACUGAUAUCUUUUGUCAAUAUUUAUUUUCACCGACUGAAAAGAUUUGCGAACUAGACGCUAAAGAAUUGGAAAUAUUACUAUUCCUUAUGAUUGUUGUAAUGAUUCGGACAAGAAAAGCUGGAAGUGUCACAAUGUUAGCUUAUCUUUCAUCUAGUUUCUUGUAUACUAAAGGAGCAAAUGUAUUAUUAUGGUUCUAUGCAGACGUUCGAUAUGGUUUACUCUUCACUGCUCUUAUUAUUGCUGUAAGUUUGUGUCUACCAGAGCCAACAUAUUCUGGCCCAGAAAAUGUAUUGUACUUCAGAUCAUUGGCCACUUUGGAAGAAGCCCUUAAAGAAGAUAAACAGCAUACUGUAUGGAUUAUUUGUUUUUAUACUGUUUGGAAUCCUACGUGUGCUACUUUUGCUCCAAUAUUUUCAAAAUUAUCUGUUGAAUAUGAUACCAAGUAUCUUAAAUUUGGUAAAAUAGAUAUUAGUCGAUAUCCUGAUGCUGCUGCUAAAUAUAAUAUUAGUGAUUCAUCAUUAAGUCGACAACUGCCAACUGUGAUAAUGUUUAAAAAUGGAGUAGAAGAAAUUAGAAGACCAACAUAUGAUAGUAAAGGAAAAAUAUAUAAAUUUUUUUUUACAGAACCUAAUUUCAAAGCAGUUUUUGAUUUGAACAAUGUGUAUGGCACUUGCGUGUCAAAUAAUAAGAAAAGUAAUGUAGAAGAAAAAUUGAAAACUAACAAGAAAGAAAAGAAAACAUAAGUAAUUUUGAAUAACAACAAAAUGUUUUAAAAUUAUAUUGACGUGUGUUUGUGUUUUGUUUUUAUUACCAGUAUAUUAUUGUCAUUAAUAUUGAGUAAAACUAUGUGAACGCUCUGUUCUUGAAAUGCACAUGUUCUUUGUGCAAUUGAUGAUGUACUGAAAACAGUUUUGAAACUUUUGAAUGUAGUUGAGAUCAUGGGAUUAUGAGGAAUUAGCAAUUUUUUUUUUCUGUUACCUAAAUAAAUACAAUUUUAAGCUUGUCACUUUUUUAGCUAGUUAUCAUAGAUUUAUAUUAAUUUAUAGUUAGAAUUCAAUAUAUUUACAAAAUAUUUUACUAUUUAUUCUAUACUUUAUAGUAUUAUAACCACUUGAAAAAUAUUG